AUGAGCUGGUUCAGGUUUGGCAAAAGCCAGAGCAGCCCGCAGAGUGACGGCGCCGGCGAGGGCAAAGUAGCCUCGGCGGCGCUACCUGCAGCAUGGUACAGGUCGCCGGCCAUGUACGAGCUCGAGCGGCGGGCCAUCUUUUCCCGGAAGUGGCUGCUCGUCACGCACAAGCUGCGCUUCCCCGAGACUGGCAGUUACGUCAAGAUCACCGAGGCCGGAUACACCUUUUUCCUGAUUCGCGACCGGCAGGGGGAUAUCCGCGCGCAUCACAACGUUUGCAGGCAUCGCGCGUAUCCAAUGGUGGAGAAGGAGUCGGGCAAGGUGUCGAUCUUGGCGUGCAAGUAUCAUGGAUGGUCAUAUGGCUUUGAUGGGCACUUGGCCAAGGCCCCCAAAUACCAAGAAGUUCCUGCCUUUAGAAAGGAGGAAAACGGUCUGUAUCGCAUCCACGUCCACGUCGAUGCGCUUGGGUUUGUAUAUGUCAACUUGGACGCCGACGAGACCCCCUCCGUGUCGUGGGAGCAAGACUUUGCGACGGUGGACCAGCAGCCGCGGCUCCUUCUAUUCGACAUGUCCAAGUACACCUAUGACCACAGCUGGGAGAUGAUGGGCGACUACAAUUGGAAAGUCCUGGCCGACAACUACAACGAGUGCUACCAUUGCCCUACUGGACAUCCAGCGCUGCCAGCCGUUACAGAUCUUUCCAAGUACUGGGUCGAGACGGCCGGCACGCACAUCCAGCACUACUCGGUCGACAACGAGGAUCCGGCGGCCAAGAGCCUCGGCAACGUCAGCACCUACUACUAUCCCAAUGCCUCUUCCACAGUAACCCCCCAUUUCUUCUUCAUCCAGCGCUGCGUGCCCGUCUCCGCCACGCAGACGCACAUGGAGUACGAGGUCUACCGGCAUACCGAGUCCGCCGACACCGACUUUGUGCAAAUCUCCGACUUUUUCAAAAACAUCAUGAAGGAGGACAAGGAGCUCUGCAACGGCGCGCAGCAGAACCUAAACGGCGGCAUCUUUCUCAACGGCGAGCUGCAUCCUCGCGCAGAAAAGGGCCCGCUAUUUUUCCAAAAGUUGACGAGGAACCUCGUCACGGACCAUUAUGAGGAGGAGCAGGCGACGGGAGCAGAGAUCUGGCCCGCGGUGCCGAAGCACGUCGUCUCGGAGACGAUGCAAAAGGACGUGGACCUGUGCAAUAAGCUGGACUGCGCGGCGAAUGGGCUUGGCAGCGCCGAGUUGGCAUGGUAA